GGAAAUGGCUCCGUGUUGCACAAGCUGGUAAACAGCGUGUGUCCCGUCUCGUUCCCCGCUUCCUGUCCCGCCGCUCACCUGGGGACCAGCCGGCUCGUGCUCAUCAGACAUGGCCGCCUCUAACUACUCCCUGAGAGUCAACAGAGAGCUGCUGGACCCCAGCUUCGAAAGCUACAGGUUGUCCCUGGACGCCAUCCCCACCUACAACGUGGAGCUGGAUGCUGUUGUGGAGGAAGUUAAGCUGAAGGAUACUCAGUACACCCUGGAACACAUGCGUGCCUUUGGCAUGUACAAUUACCUGCACUUAGAUCCCUGGUAUGAAGACAGCGUUUUGUUUGUGGACUGCAAAGGACGAGUUCUCAGUCUCACCGUCACUCUGGACACUGCCCUCGGGAAGCCGAGAGAGAUCUUCUGUACGACCGCUGAAUCAAGCGAGUGUGAGAAUCGUCUCUGUGCCUCCCUCAGCUUUACCUCCGCGACCUGGGCUGCUCUCUCUGACGGCACCGGCCGACUCUACCUCCUCCGCACCGGCAAGAGAGGAGAUGGUUCCCAUUCGAAGUGGGAACCACUGUUCAGUGAAGACCUGGGGGAACCUUUCACCAUCCUCCACAGUGUCUCACAUGUCCAGGCUGGACUCCACUCCAUGGAGGUCCUGCUGCUCCGCAUCCAGAAAGACCUGCAGGACACCAAGGGAAGUGGAUACUCGGUGUCUCUGGAGUGGCUCACAGUCGCCAACGCUGCAGCACAGGGUCAGGAGAAGAAGUAUGAGGUGAGGAAGAGGAGAGUCCUUCGGGGGAAGUCGGUGCCUCACUACGCAGCUGUGGAGCCGCAGGGGAAGGGACUCAUGGUGGCCUCGGAAAAACCGUUUGUCUUCACGCACGUGGACGGUUGUGCUGUGGAGCAGAACGACUCGGAGCCCAUGGAGGUGGAGAAGACAGAUCCCAUUUACUUCUGGCAGCAGACCGGGGAGGACAUCACGGUGUGUGUGCGAACGCCCGAGGGCGUCACCAAAGAGGAGGUGCAGUUCACACUGACGGCGGACAACAUCAGCAUCGGAGUCCAGGGUUUCUCUCCUUUACUGGAGGGCCAGAUGUUUGCAUCUGUUGACCCUGAAGCCAGCGCCUGGAUCAUCAGAGACGACAAAAGCCUGGAGGUGACCCUGCAGAAACGCAGCGAGGGACCCAUGUGGCCGGAGCUGGUGAUGGGGGACAGGAGAGGGGAGUACGUGAUGAGUGACGAGCAGGCCGCCCUUAUCCACGAAAGACUGACACACCUCACCUCCGAAGACCUGAACGGAAACCCAGACAAGGACAAGCCCCCUUGUAACUCCCAAGAGCUGGAGGAUUGUGAUGUGUUCCCAGAAGACAGCUCCAGCCUUACACACUUUGACGCAGAAUCGCUCAAGCCCACUCGGGUGGUGAAUCUAGGCAGCCACCAGUACCUGUUCACCGUGGACGUGAACCCCUCUGAAAUGCCGUGCCUCUGCCUGCGACACGACGUGGACGCCCUGGUGUGGCAGCCGCGUCCUGACCAGCCCGGUAACAUGUGGGAGCACGUCGCCACGUUCAACGCUUUGGGCUACGUUCAGGCAUCCAAACGGGAUAAAAAGUUUGCGACCUGUGCUCCAAACUUUUCCUACGCUUCGCUGUGCGAGUGUCUCCGCCGCGCGUUCAUCUACCGGCAGCCGGCGCCAGUGGAGACGGUGCUCUUCAACCGGAAGCAGGGUCGGCAGAUAGGACAGGUUGCCAAGCAACAGGUGGCCAGUCUGGACUCCGACAAACCCAUCCUGGGAUUCAGAGCGACCAAUGAGAGACUGUUCAUCCUGACCUCCGGUAACCUCUUUGUUCUAAAGGUCAAUAAUAAUUAGAUCCCCUUGGAGUGGAUAUCUCAUUACGCUCUUAGAGUCAGAUCAUUCCAAACUGAAGAUGUUUUAUCUGCGACAUCUGAAAAACAAAACGUCCUUAUUUGUAAAUUUGUUCUUCACGUGUCGGCGAUGAGAUCGAUUUCCUUGUGUUUUACAUUUUAAGACUGUGUCAGGAAAAUGUCCGAGAUCAACAAACUGAACUGACAAAUUGUGGUGAUUAUCAUUCACAAACUGAGGUUUUCAAAAUAAACUUCCAUGAGACAUGUGUUACUUUCCCA